AUUCUUAUAGCCUAAGUCACAUCUCUGCCAGGUUUCAAGUUCUGGGCUCGUUCAGUCUACGAUGGGUGGCCCUGACUCGCAGAGAAACCCCCGCGUUACAUUUCAAAAGAGAUGCAGGACCCUUAAGGAGAAAGCUCACCAGCUUUCGGAAAUUUGUGGCGCAGAAGUUUACCUGCUUAUCGUUCACGACCGAGAGAAUUAUAUCUACAAUUCCUCCUACAACCCCUCAUGGCCACCUAGGGAUGAAUUACUCAGCUUUGCUAAGAAUUCAACAGGAGACGCUUUACACUAA